AUGGAUAAGCCAGGACCCUCCAAGCCUAAGGUAUCAACCGAUUUAUAGCCCAAAAUAACUUGUAAAUAUCCAGUUAGAGCCACCCGAUUGUCUUCCUUCAACUUCGAAAAUUACCGACGCGGAUCGUGAAUUCUGGGACAACCUGGUCGAAUUCGUCUCCGAUGAGGAGGAGAUCACACUCGACCGCCUACUAGAAGACAGCGACUUUUCUGGAAAUGAGCAAGACGUCGAGGACCGCGACGUCGAGCUUCAACUUCAUAAUUUUGGUAUUCGAGUUAUUAGAGUCUCACUGUUUGAUCGUCUCCUAGCUGCUCCGGAAAUAGUAGUUGAUUCGAUUGAAGAACAGGAAGCUCCGCCGGAAACCGUGAAUGAUGCGUUGAGCAGACUACUCAACGAGUUCAAGCGAGCUCCGAUCAGCGAGGCUGAGGGUCCGCCGGUGGGAUUAGUGGGUUGAAGUUGAGAUGAGAUGAUUUGGCUAGGCUAAAAAAGCGUCGAUCGGGAGGAUUUUCGACGAGGGCAAUGCUGAUGCUGAUCCGGUAAGUUCUAAAGGCUGUAUAAAAAAGUUUGGUCAAAGAUACGAGUCCCUGAGAAUCGACUGGUCCGAGCAAAGGUGGGAACGGCGACGGAGAAGGCGCCCGACCCUCAUGACAUCGCCGCAGCCCAAACUUUUGUGAGUUUACUAGAACCUUGGCAAUGCAAACCGGACCUUUUUGAGCAUUUCUAGUAAUAAUGAAUGAUGAAAAUGUGAAUGUUUCGAAUUAGUCUAACUUCCUUUCAUGACUUGAAAGCUUUUUUGAUUUUUCGGACUCAGUUUCCUGACCUCUAACUUUUCAUGAAACUCACUAUACGUUUUCGAUUUCGACAUGAAGUUUCCCUAGUUCAAGUCUGAUUACUUUAUCUGACGGCUGUAUAUCAAUUAAAGUUGUACGCUGUUUGACUCCGAAAUUCUAAAGUUAAGUAUAGCCUGUGUACCACGACUUGGAAUUUCACCAAACGACAUUCCGCUGUGCCGCUGCGCGCCUUUGCGAACCUUGGUCGCGCUUUUACUUUUUUUUUUCUUUUAUUAAGGUACUCUACUUUCAUGUGCUCCCACAGAAAUAACAAUCAAUUGAAAACGUGACCUAGAUUCGAAAGACGCUUCGCGAACGCACGCAGCGGAACAGCGGAAUGUCGUCUGAUGAAGUUUCAAGUCGUGGCACACAGAAUAUAGCUUCAACAAGUUUGCGUCUAACUACAUUUUUCCAGGGUGGCUACAUGGCUCUGAAGAAAGCCAAGUUGAGACAUCAAGUCAAUGGCGAAGAGCCUCACGACGGCCUCACUUCUAAUAUUUUUUCUGGGAUAUCGGUGUUCGUCAAUGGCUAUACAGGUAUAAGAACACUUUAGAAGGCAUUUUUGAAUUUUUCUCCUAAUGUCCUAGAUCCUAAUGUCAAAUAUUAAUUGGAUCGCAGUAAACGCUUUCGAUAUUUUCUGCAAACGGCUUCUGAAUAGAUAACCCUUGAGGAAGCUCGAACUACCAACCCUCCAACACACGAAAAUGAGUCCUACCAACUGAGCUAUGCCACCAUUUCAGAACCGCCGGCGCUUAUAAUUCGCGAGCUGAUGACCGUCCAUGGCGGCGAGUACCACUGCUACUACGAGCACGGACGGACGACCUACGUCAUCGCGAGUUCUCUUGCUUCCGUCAAAGUCGACAAACUCCGUCAGGGCGAGAUCUUCAUCAAGCCCGAGUGGAUCACUGACUCGUCAGUUGAUCUUGAUGAUUAUUCUAGAAAUGUUGAGCUGGCCGGUUGAAAAGCACUAUAAAGGAAAAGAUUGAUUCAAAUGUGUUUUUUAAUAUCUGCAUCUAUAGCCGAUUUACGACCAACUUGGAACGUUAAAAGGCGUGGCCUGUCUGCGCUCUCCACCAGCCAGGCACUGUAUCUUCUCUUAUCGUGCCAGAACCGUUUUUUAGUGGCUCAAGCCAGCCGAGAACCGGCUUUAAAACUUGUCAAAAUUCUCCGGAAAGCGAACGCCCUCCUAAAUCCUUCAAACUGUCAUUCCUGCUGAAAGAAAACCAAGAAAAAAUAUUUCAGUAUUGCUCGUGGAUACGCUUUACCACACAUCGACUACGUUGUGAAUGAAAAAGACAGAUAUGCCAAGGGAACCUUGCAGCGAUUCUUCGCACAGAGCAAGGAAGAUAAAGGUGGGUCAUUUGUUUCGUUUUAGGAAAUUUGAAUGGACUUCAUUUUUUAAAAUUUUUUACACGAAUGAUAAACCGCUUUUUGAAAAACUUACUGAUACGUUCUGUCAUCAAAACUGAUCCGGGGCCUUUUGAAAAUGGCCUGAUAUUGCCGUAGCGCAACAGGUUGUGCGCCUGUCUACGGUCCGCAGGGUCACAAGUUCGAUCCCCGCCUCGACCCACCCAUCCAAGGGGUUUAAGAAAUCUUGGUAGUGGGAAACCACGACUUCAAGAGUCCCUAGGCGUCCCACAGGUACAAAUGCGUAGGAAGAAAAAGAAGCAAAGGCGUAUUUCUCAUUGAUUUGAGAAAUUCUUACAGUCCCUAUAUAGUCAACGUUUCCCGACUUAAAGGGCAAUCGAGGCGGGGCAAGGGGCGUUACUACUCUUUCUUCAUAUGUUAUACUAUUUUUAAUGCGAACAUGAAAAAAAUCAAUAAAUAAUCGAAAAAGAAAUGAAAAGAGCGAUGAACGAGCUCUCCAAAUAGUCGCUGGCAGUUGAAUUGAACUCGUGCCAAGAACCGCGAACGCACACGCUACGCGUCCCGCCCCUGCCCCGGCUCCCUCGCCUUUCAAGUCGGGAAACAUUGACAAUAAAAUAAUUAUACUUCAUAAGAGCCAGUUUGAGCCAUUCUCCAUGCGGACUCAGAAGUUUAAUUUCAGAAAAGCCGAAAAAUCCGGCUCCUAACCGCGAUACAGUAGACGCUCGUGAUCCCGACUUUAUUUUUCAGUACUACGCCAGGUUAUUUUGUUUCUGAAAAAGCCUUCCACCGGAUUAGAAUCUCAGGUCGAGGCUUCAUCUCAUUUCCACUCUAGCCCAAGAUAUGAAAGAUUUCGUGGCGGAUCUGAAAAGCAGGAGGUCGCCGGAGAGUGAAACGAUAGACUUGAGGGACCUCGGGCGAUUUGUUACUUCUGAAAGGUUUUUGACAAGAUAUCUAUGAUUUAUUGUAUGCUUUGAGACGUCCCAAAGAAGACUUCAUCUUCCACGUCGACCUGGACUGCUUUUUCGUUUCCGUGGCCCUCCGAUCGAGGCCCGAGUGCCGUGGAAAGCCUGUCGCAAUCACUCACAGCAAGGUGUCUUUAUCCCCAAUUUCAGGAGUAGCCCGAAUAUUCAGGGCGUUGUGAGCAACAGCAUGUCGGAAAUCGCAUCCUGCAGCUAUGAAGCGAGGGCCUGCGGAGUGAAGAAUGGUUUGAGAGAUUUAUAGUCCGUUUUACGCGACUUGCGGGAUUUCUCUGCGCUCUCUUUAUCUCUCGACGUCUCUCUCAUGUUUACGGGCUGUUUUCAUGUUUCUCUGACCUCGCCGGUGAGGGAACAGAGAGACGCAGACACCCGAAAACUGUAAAGUCGCGGAGGACGAACUAUAAAUUCGUUCGAAAAAGGGUAUUUUGAUAUUUUUCCAAAAUCCAUCGUCUUUUCGUUCUCUCUUUCAUGUUUCCUCUCAAAUAGGGAGUCCUUUCACCUAGUUUUCUGGAACUUUCUCCGAAUUUUCCCUUCAGUGAACUGGGAUUUGAAUCCACAUAGUCCAGAUUUCGAAUAAUGUCAAGUCAUAGCUCAAACUCCGCCCCUAAUGCGUAGAUCAAACCAAUCAAAGAGCUAUAGUCCGUUCAGAUUUUGAAUGUCAAGUAGAGUGACGUCAUUCGAAAACGCUCUGUAGAUGGCUCGCUCUCUGAUUGGUUUAUCGCGCUAUUAGGAGGCGGAGCUUCAGCGACCACUUGACAUUCAAAAUCUGAACGUUCAACUUGAUCAACUACACGUUUGGGCUUCUAGUUCAUCAAAGGCGAUUUUUCAAUAUUUCUUGAAAAGUUCCUGUUCACCGUCUAGUCGAUAAAAUCUAUGACUAAAACAGAAGAACAAUAAAAAUGGAUUGAUUAAUUAUUGAUUGAUUUUUCUUUGCCAUUCUUUUGAAAAAGUUGUUUGGUAGGAAUGCUGGUGAAAGACGCCUUGGAGCAAUGUUCACGGCUCGUUUUUCUCCCCUACCAGUUUGAAGAUUAUACCGAAGUCAGCAAGAUCAUCUACACUAUCCUGUCACGGUUUGAAAAGCGUCAAAAAGCUCAAACCGAGAUGUUCAGCUACACGCUAGAUCUUCGAGCCGUUUCCUGCGAUGAGAUGUACUUGAACUGCACGGAGUUGUGCAGAAAGGUUGUAGAUAGCCUCUGAGAUUAUAUUAAUUUUGAUGUUCGUCUCAGUUUUCUAUAACGGACCCCAAGAAGUUGGCGGAGCAUAUGAGGACGGAAAUUCGCGAGAAAACAGGAUGUCCUGCUUCGGUUGGAAUAGGUCAGUGUUUCAGAUUAAAUAGAAGAAAAAAAAAGAACAUCUCAGGACCCACCUCCCUAAUUGCCCGCCUUGCAACUAGACGCGCCAAACCCGAUGGCGUUUAUUGGGUUCCAAAAUUAAAUAUUGCAGAUUUCAUAGCGAAAGAGAAGGUUUUAUCGAAAAAGAAACAUAUUUGAAAGUUUUUUUGAGAUUCGGGACAUUCCUGGCAUCGGAUAUCAGAGCUUGGACAAGAUAAAGUCUUUUUUUGGUAUGUUCAUUUUAACAAGGAAGGUCAUUUUCCUUUGUUGGGAAUUUCUUAGAAAUUCUGGAGCGGUCCCUAUAGGGGUUAGAGGGAACAACGGCCUCUAUAGAGGACGAAAAAGUGGUCCCUAUAGGGGUAAAAUCAAGGUGGUCCCUAUAGGGGUUUAGUUUCUGACCCCUUAGUCUUUGAAGCUUAAGUGGACUCUAUAGGGGUCUUUCAAAUUUGUUUUCAAAAAGGGAUUUUUUUAGUUUUUCGCAUGGAAAUGCUUCUUCUCAUAGAGUUCAUAAAAACUAUCGACUAGCAUGUCCUCUAAAGAGCCCACUAAUUAAAACCCCUAUAAUGACCGCUUUCGCAAGCUUUAGUGGCCCCUAUAGGGGUUGGCAAAGUGGUGUCUCGAGGGGACCGUCCAAGAGCGUCUAUGGUUACCCCUAUCGGGAACACUCUGGAGUUCCUGAGUAGCACUCCACUCCAAGUAAAAUGACCUUCCUUGUAUUUUGUUCAUCGGAUGAAUUCCAGGCGAUACGGAAAGAUGCAGCGAGCUCCAAGCCCACUCUUUGGAAACCUUGGAGCCCUUACUCGGCAAGAAAGUUGCUCAAAAGGUUUUUUUUAAACCGUUUUUUUGUUCAAAUCCUUCCCUUUACCAGCUCUAUAAUCAGUGUCGAGGUAUUGAAGAAGAUCCGCCUGGAUUUUGGGAAAUCCAGCAAAGAAAAUCCGUUUCUUGCGAUAUCAACUAUGGAAUCAGGUUCACCGAGGUUGGACGUCGGUUUGAACGAUUGACUGACUUUUUAAUUUGAGCAAAAAGAGGCGAUGCAGCUGCUCAGCGGAAUCGGGUUUGAGCUAGAGAGGAAGCUUAAUCGAUGCAAAAUGUUGGCUGGGAACGUCACUCUGAAACUCUUGGUAUGAAUUAUUAUUCAUCAUUGAAGUAAUCAAUAGAGAAAUUUUUACUAAGCGAUUUACGAGCAGUUAAAACUCCAGAAUGGUCCCUAAAGGGGCGACCUUACGGGCCCUUGGAGGAUCCCUGUAGGGACCACUUUACCAAUCCCUAUAGGGGUCACUAAAGCUUGCAAAAGUGCCCUUUUAGGGGACAUUCUUAUCGAUAACUUGUUUGAACUCUAAGCAAAGAAGCGUUUCCAUGAGAAAAACUGAAAAAAUAACCUUUUUGAAAAAAAAAAUUGAAAGACCCCUAUAGGGACCACCUCGACUUUACCUCUAUAGGGACCACUUUUAGGCCUCUAACCCCUAUAGGGAUCACUCUAGAGUUCCUAAGACUGGCCGGAGCUUGAUAGUAACAGUUCUAUAUGGAAAAAGUUCUCAGAUCAACAUUUUUUAGAAGUGAUUUUUAUCAAUGAUCCUUGUAACGUUAAAAACAUUUAAUCCCGAAAAUUCCAGCUUCCAGGAGUAAGAUCAAUGAUCAUUAUAAAGAAUUAAGAAAAAUUUUUCAUUGAUGAACAGAAUCGAGAUAUUUUUUUGUCAGUUUUUUUCAAUUUUUUUAAAUGAAAAAUACUUCAAUGGGUAUCGUGAUUCAUCAAUACUUUAGUUCGAAGUUGACUUGGAGUUUUUUUAAUUUUACUUUUGAGAAAGCUAUAUCUUGUCUCUCUUCAUAAAUUUUAGGCCAGGCAACCGAAAAAUAAUCUGUUUUUUUUAACUUGUAAAUGAGUAAGUAUAUGACUAAGCUAACAAGUUGAAUCAAAAUAACAAGAUAAUCCUAAAAAAUGAAGGUCCGAAGCGCCGAUGCUCCAGUUCAAACGGCCAAGUUCAUGGGCCACGGAAGAUGUGACGCCCACACGAAGUCUGCAGUUCUGCCCAUGUCUACCAAUAACGCCAAGGUUUCUCCUACUUUUUGAAUUUGAAUAUUUCCAAUCUGCAGCUGAUAAUCACCGAGAUAGUCAAGCUGUACAACAAGAUUGCUCCACUCGUGGAAGACCUUCGAGGGGUUUUAUACACCUCCAGUCUCUUUUGAAAAUAGAAAUUUCAGGUUGGAGUUCAGUGCAGCAAGCUGAAAAGCGCCGACCGACAAGCGAUGAGUUCCGCCGUCGCCGAAAUGUUCAAGCCGACUUCUCAAAGGAAACCUCUGCAACUUGCUGGGAGACCAAGUAAUCUUUUUAGUUUUCAUUAUAUCCUACCAAUGAAAAAAAAACAGAAAAAGACGAAGAGAGAAAACGAAAACGUCACUUCUACGGCGAGGACGGCGACGAAGACAUGCUCAUGAGGAUGGAGGACUUCAAUCGGCCCCACAAAACCAGCCCUCCCCUCAAAAAUAGGCACAUUUGUGAACACGAGGGCAUGAGGAACAGGGUACAGGGUUUUAAAAUUAGUAAAACAAUCAUUUAUCUUACUGUUUUAGUCAUAUUACGGACCAGGCGACUAACGGGAAAGCUUGAAAUUGAAAAAAGCGCCUUUGGCGAGCUAGAAGCCCGGAUUUGUAGUUGAUCAAGUUGAGAUCAUGGUGCGCCUUGACGAGUUCAAAUAUAGAUGAGAUGAUCUAGAUAAAAGCCUCAAAAUCAGAAUGGAUUUAUGAAAAAAAUACGGUCUUAAACUUAUUCAUACAUCAAUAUCCAGAAAAGGUCUUGGCGUCACGAACUAACUAUUACAAGUAGUGUUACAAUUUUCUGCGGUAAAUCGGGACAUUCAAUGCAAGAAUUUGAUGAAGUUUUAUUCUUUAAUAACAUCUUUAUGAUUUUUCAAAAUGAAUCAAGGCAAAAAUGAUAUAUUUUUUUAGCGAGAAGAAAUUUUUUUAGGGUAAGGGAAGUAAAAUCCGACUCGCGCUUUCAAAAAAGUCUGAAGAUCUUCUGUGUUUUUUGAAAGCACUAAAGUUUUUAGAGGAUGCCUACUGAAUUCUGAUAAAUGAAACUUGAAUCCACUGAAAAUUAUUAUUAGACUGUAUUAGCUUUUUUCUUCCUUCAGCUCGAACCUCCAAGAAGCAAUCAGCCACUGGCGCCACCGGCUUGGAUGCCAAAGUGUACAAAAGACAUUGCCUUCGGUUCUCAGUCAAGCUUGAAUGGUGUUACGGAUGACGAGGGCAUCGAAGCUGAAUUUGAGAAAAUCCUAAUCGAAGGCAAAAGACUUUCAUGCCAGCCAAGUUAACGAGCGUUUUCAGAACCCACUCGAGAAUCAGUUGUACUGGUUGCGCGUUUCUUCUGCACAACGGCUCGCCUGGGAAACCUACAGUCGUUGACCAACCACUCCAGAACCCUGCUCUCCUUGGUCGGCCAUCGGAGAACGUCACACGCUGCGUGGUUCCAAGCCGCGCACCUGAUUCUGAACGAGGCCGACGCCGUCUGUGCCGAGUACUACGGCGCCCCCAUGAUGUUGGUCGACUCCUUGGAGCAUUUGAAUUUCGGUCGAUAUGAUUGA